AUGUCUAGAGGGAAAAGUAAUGAGGUGCCAUGGAUGGAUUGGUCACAGCAAGAGACCUUCUCGGGUUCCUUUGAAAAGUCCUCACUGCUCACCGCCGCGCUUACGCACGCUGGCCUCUACAUACUCAUGUUCCUGGGCUUCAUAAACCAAUUGUUCUUCAAACCCAAGGUCGCCAUCGAAAGAAAUCGAGAGGGAUAUGCGCCAUUGUACAACCCGUUUGAGCAAUUCUUCUCGCGCUACCUGUACCGUCGAGUGAGACACUGCUUCAACCUGCCUGUCACAUCGACACCCGCCGCUGAGGUCACGCUAAAGCAACGUGCUACUGAUGAUUACAACUGGACCUUCAGGUUCACCGGGGAGGAAAAGAGAUGUAUAAACCUGGGUUCCUACAACUACUUAGGUUUUGCGGAACCGCGCGGCGAAUGUGCGGAUGCGGCUGAAGAUGCCGCAAAACGAUAUGGCCUCGCGCUUGCUUCAUCGCGUGCGGAGUUGGGCACUUGUAACGUGCAUCGCGAGCUUGAGAAGACCACUGCAGACUUCCUCGGCGUGGAGGACGCGAUCGUCUUCGGGAUGGGUUUCGCGACAAACUCAAUGGGCGUGCCUGGACUGAUCGGGAAGGGUUCAUUAGUCUUAAGUGACGAGAAUAAUCACGCCUCCCUCAUCCUGGGUUUGCGCUUAGCACGGGCCACUGUGCGGGUCUUCAAACACAACGACAUGAAACAUCUUGAAACACUCGCGCGUCGCGCCAUUGUUGAAGGGAAAUGGAAGCGGAUUAUUGUUGUGGUGGAAGGUGUGUACAGCAUGGAGGGGUCUGUCGUUCCCCUACGCUCCUUAGUAGCGAUAAAGAAGCGUUACGGGCUUUACCUGUACCUAGACGAGGCGCACUCAGUUGGCGCAAUGGGCCCGCGCGGCCGAGGAGUCACGGACUACAGCGGAGUAGAUCCACGAGAAGUCGAUAUACUUAUGGGGACCUUCACAAAAAGUUUUGGCGCUGCCGGCGGGUACAUAGCGGGUUCCCGUCGACUUGUCGACAGUGUACGUGCCCGCGGCCAUGGCCACACGUACGCACAUUCUAUGUCGCCGCCUGUAGCCGCACAAGUGCUGGCCGCCAUGCGCGCCAUCGCCUCACCAGCUGGUGCGGCACGAGUGGCCGUUCUACGCGAUAACACACGCUACUUCCGUGAAAGGCUACGCUCCCUGGGGGUUAUAACAUUCGGACAUAUUGACUCUCCCGUUGUGCCAAUGUUGGUUUACACAUUUAGCAAGAUGGCGGCCACAGUGGAGAGGCUACAAGAGCGCCGUGUGGCUACUGUCGGUGUCGGCUUUCCCGCUACGCCGCUGAACAAGGCGCGUAUACGGUUUUGCUUGUCAGCUGCGCAUAGUCGAGCACAGCUAGACGAAUGCCUAACAGCAAUAGAAGCCGUUGUGGACGAGAUAGGUCUUCGAUACUCGCGCAAAGCCUAG